CUACUAACUGCAAAGAUUCUCUUCUUGCGUAGACUCUCGCUUUAUACUCGCUGCCGGGUCAAUCCAUAUAUUUUGGGCUCGAGCAUGCCUCUUCCAUCAGAAAUCAGGCCGUCGAUAAUCACACCCACGGUGAAGCCUGUACGCCCGUUGUCUACGAUUGCAAAAAUGGAACCUGUGUUAAAGUCGCCGAUCCCUGCUGGAAUAUUGAGCGUCAUUGAGAGGUCUAAGCAACUUGCUGCUUGGACUGCUGUCGAUCAGCAUAUCAAGCCGGAGCACCGGGUAAUUGGGGUUGGAUCAGGAUCUACUGUUCCAUAUGUUGUCGAGCGGAUCGUCAUGCAGGGAUACGAGGCGAACAAGGAUCGUGUUUUCAUUCCCACUGGUAGAUACAGAUGGACCCAGGCUUUUCAAUCCAAGGAAUUGAUCGUGUCCUCAGGUUUGGGCUUGGGAGAUGUUGAUCAAUACUCGACUAUCGACGUAACGAUAGAUGGGGCUGAUGAGGUGGAUCGUGAGCUCAACUGCAUCAAGGGUGGAGGAGCUUGCCAUUUACGAGAGAAGGUCUUGGCGGAGGCGGCGCUCACGUUCAUUCUUGUCGCGGAUUAUCGCAAGAACGUGGAUUAUCUUUGCACAAAUUUUAAACCUGGCGUCCCCAUUGAGGUAGUACCUUUUGCGUACGCGAAGGUUUUACGCAACCUGCACGAAAGCUUGCGGUCACCAAACGCGACCCUUAGGAUGGCUGUCGCCAAAGCGGGGCCUGUAGUAACAGAUAACGGUAACUUUGUCAUAGACGCGCCGUUUUCGAGAGAGGACAUGAUGGAUCCAUAUGCAAUCAUGGCCCGCAUCAAGAUGCUUACCGGGGUCGUUGAAGUGGGGUUAUUCUGCCAUAUGGCCAAGGCGGCAUACUUCGGUAACCAGGAUGGAAGUGUCACGGUGAAAUGGGACGGUGGCAAGAUUGAGCAGAUCCCUGCUGCUAGCCAGUAGUGAAGAAUUAGGCCUCAGUGUUGAUAGAGAGAACUUGUUCGAUCGCAGGGCUGGAGAAGGCUGAGAAGUACUAGAACUGAAUGUACAUGUACUUUAAAUAUUACGAGAACUUUGCAACAUCUCUGAUACGCAUCGGCAUUUAUUAGGUAGGCCUUGAUCAAGUCGUAAAAUAUCUUUUU